AUGCACCGCGACGGCGCGAGGCGACAUUUGNUUGCUGUUGAUCGCCGCUAUCGCGACCUCCUCUCGCUGCACCGCGUACUGAAGCGGAUGCACCGCGACGGCGCGAGGCGACAUUUGGCAACAGUGGCGGCGGCGCCGUCGUUCCCGCGAUUCCCGGGCCGCGGGCUCAUGCAGGGGGCAGCAGGACGACAAGCAUCAGCUUCCUGCUCCAGCGGCGGCGUGAGCUGA